AUGACCAAAGAAAUACAACUCGCAGUAAAAACGGGUGGUGCGGACCCUAAUUUAAACAUUCGAUUAGUUGCUGCUCUCGGAGCUGCUAAAAAAGCAAACGUCCCCAAAGACAAUAUUGAGAAUGCUAUUAAAAGGGCAACAGGUCAAAAAGAUGAGAAUGCGAUCGAAAGUAUUACAUAUGAAGGAUAUGGACCUAAUGGAGUUGCAUUCAUAAUAGAGACUUUGACAGACAACAGAAAUAGAACGGUGAAGGAUAUUAAAUCGAUUUUCACAAAACAUGGUGGCUCAAUGAGCACUGUCAAUUGGAUGUUUGAGAAAAAAGGUCAGAUUCAAUUUUCAAAAGGCAAUACGCAGGAUUCACUUGAUGCAAUGAUGGAAAAUGCGAUGGAAAUCGAUGGUGUUGAAGACAUACAAGAAUUAGAUGAUGGAUUAUUAGGGAUCACGUGUCAAAACAACACCGUCAAUUCUAUAUCGGAAACCUUGACAAAAAAGUACCAAUACGCGGUUACUUCAAUGCGAUCCGGAUAUAUACCAACGACGACUAUUCCAUUAGUUGAGGAUGAAGAGCGUGAUAAAAUAAUGGCCAAAUUUGUAGAUACUUUGAAUGAUCAUGAGGAUGUGGUUGAAUUUUAUAACAAUGCUUACAAAGUUUACAUAAAGGAUAAAAAACGUCAUGAUGAUGACUGUUGUAGUGAUGAGGAUGCAUUUGAUCUACACGAUAAUCUCGCGUCAAAGCAAAAUUAUUCAACCGCAGCCGAAGACCAAAUAAAUGCACAAAUAUUACAAGAACAAAUAGCCGCGGCUAAUUAUGAGUCUAUUGGUGCUUAUUUCGCUCGCGAUAAUAUUGGGCUGCCGGAACGCCAGCACGCGCAAAAAUUGAUGCAGUACCAAGAAUUGCGGGGAGGUCGUAUCAUAUUGCAUCCGAUUCCAGCACCUCAGAUUGAAUGGCAGUCGGCGAAAAAUGCAGUUGAGGCAUCACUUGAUCUAGAGAAAGACGUGAACAAGAGUCUACUUCACCUAAACUCUCUGGCUGAAAAUAACGGUGACUCACAAUUAGUUUCAUACAUUCGCACGGAAUUUCUGUCGGAGCAAGUGAGAUCGAUCGAAGAAUUUGCGAAAAUGAUCACUCAUUUGAAUCGUGUCGGUGGCGAUGGUUUGGGAUUGUACCUUUUCGAUCAGAAUUUGUUGGAAAAUGGUAGAAUUGGAG